AUGGAGAAACUCGGGCGGUUCAACCGCGACAUUCCCGAUUUGGUGCUAUCGAAGUUUCGAAUUAGGGAUUUGAUGCAGAUGAAAUGUGUCUCCAAGCUUUGGCGCGACCUCAUCUCCGACCUCAUCUCCAACCGUUCCUUCGCACUGAAUCAUUCGCAGAAGCAGUUGCUAUCCGGAUUCUUCUUCCGGCAGAAAUCUCUACUGUACGAUUUCCCACACCCAAGUUACGUUUCGGCUGGAAGGGAAGACGAAGUAGCUCCAACGCUUCUUAGAAACCCUCUCGAUUUCCUCCCACCGAAUUCCGUGUUGGUCUCUUCCUGCAAUGGUUUGGUUUGUUGCAGGAGUUACUCCUUUUGGGAUAUCUUGACUAUCCAUGUAGGCAACCCGUUAACCAGAGAAUGGGUUGAGUUCAAUUGGUAUCGCAUCAAUGGGAGAGCGGAUGCCAUCAUGCUGAGUUUCGAUCCUGCUCGUGAUAUCACCGAUGAUUCGACGGACUUCAAGGUGUUGAUGGUAUGGGAAUCACCAGAAGAACAGUACCCAUCGUUUCAUCUGUACUCCUCGAAAACGAAACGUUGGAAGUUCUUAUAUUCAGAUGAAACGUACAUUCUGUCCGAGUACUACGACUUGUAUCAUACCGAAUGUGUGUGUGUGAAAGGGGCGAUGUAUUGGUGCACACAUUACAGUGGAAUGCUCGCUUUCGAUGCAGAAAACGAGUUAGCUUAUACAGUCUCCACGCCUGUUCAAGCUUACGAAUUCGGUCGUGGGGAGCCUGUUGCCUGCAUUGGGGAAUCUGAUGGGGAGUUGCAGUUUGUAAUGCUGUCGAAAGAAGGACUCCGUAUGUGGGUACUAGAGGAUCUCCACGGAGAGAAAUGGUCGUCGCUGAGGUACGAAAGGUCCUUGGCUGAUAUCAAGUAUGAGCAUGCUGAGUUUUCUCUCGAUCUGCAAGAAGCGAUGCGGCUGCAUCAGCUCAAGGAGCUAAAGGUGGAUGCUUUGGCGUUGAAAGAUGGGGUUCUCGUAUUGAGGGUGGCUGACAAUGUUUUCUUGUACGAUAUGGGGACUGAUCGUAUCAACCGAAUUGCUCAUGUGACAGAGUUGGGUAAUGGGAGAAUGUUUGAUCCUAAGGUGCCUCCAUAUAUGGAGGUACCAAAGGUGAUUCCAUACUCCAUGAGUUUGGUUCCUCUGAAUCGACCAUGA